CAGAAGCUGUGUGUUAAUGCGCACAAACGUCCUUCACAGCAAAUGAUAGAUAUAUACUGUAUCGUCGUGACUUUGGAUGCAUCACGCGCAUCUGCUUCGUGUUUCAAGUCUCUAUCAACAAGUUCGCGCGCAGUUUGAAUUGACGUGGAAGAGAGAUGCCGAGGGCGGCCCAAGGCUCCUUCGACGCCGAUACUCAUUUUCAAAAUGAACAGUUUCCUCAUCCUCCAACAUCGUCUUUUGGCUCCAGUGUGAAAGCGGCCAGCUCAGCCAAAAGAAUUACCUUCUACAAGAGUGGCGACGCUCAGUUCAAAGGGGUCAAGAUGGCCAUCCAUAAACGCAGCUUCAAAUGCUUUGAUGCCUUAUUGGAUGACCUUUCCCAAAAGGUUCCUCUACCUUUUGGUGUGCGUACUAUCACGACCCCCAGGGGCACCCACAGCAUUAAACAUUUAGAGCAGUUAGAGGACGGAGGCUGUUACUUGUGCUCUGAUCGCCGCUACGUCAAGCCAAUCAACAUAGAAGCUGCAGGGAAGAGGCCGGCGGUCUGGCACCACCACAGCCACCCACAUAAUACUCGCAGGAAGCCCUCCCGACCUGAGGAACCCCCCAUGGGACAUCAGCACCACCAUCGGCACCCCAAAAGAAUUGUUCUAGUGAAAAACAAUGACCCUGCUGUUAGGCGAUCCAUCAUUCUGAGCAGACGAACUGCUCGAAGUCUUCGUUUCAUGGACGAGAUUUCUGAACUCAUGCAGUGUCAUGUCAAGAAACUCUACACUCUGGAGGGACGCAAGAUUGACAACAUUCAGAGUCUGAUGCAGUGUCCUAGUGUGCUGGUCUGUGUGGGUCGAGAACCCUUCAGACCACUGCUCAUGGAAAGCUUAAAGAAGCUCUCAGAUGAAAAGCUUCCAGGAAUGGGCACAAGGUCUCACUCUAGUAUCUGCAGUGAAGGUCAUGAAAGCAAAAAGAAUGUUAACUUUGGCCUGGAGACAAAGAAAAGCAUUAUCCAUCCAAGAUCUGACUCGAGUAAUAGAUCUACAAGAUUCUCUCUUUCUUCAGAAAAGUCCUAUCAGAAUGGAUUAUGUAUGACACCAGGACAGUCCGGUUGCGUCAGCUCCUGUCCUUACGUUAAAGAACUCGUAGUGAAUGAUGACAUUGAGAAGAGAGUGCUUGUUAACAAAGAUGGCAGCGUUUCUGUGGAGAUGAAGGUUCGCUUUCGGCUCUUCAACGAUGAGACUCUCCAGUGGUCCACCGAGAUCAAAAAAUCAGCCACAAAAGUGAAUGACACUGGCUCCAUAAAAGACGGUGAUUAUCUUCAAGCUAAAGCUGAGUAUUCAGACCCAGACUCCAUCUCUCCAUCUGAAGAGACUGAUGAAGCCUUUGCAACAAAGUUGCAUCAGAAGCAUCUUGAGGAGACACUUUGUCAGAACUGUUGCAACCACUGCCAAGAGUAUGACAUCUGGAAAAACCCCAUGCAUAAAGACCCGGGGGCCUGCAAAUCACCCAGUUCCAGUGGAUCCUCUCACAGAGUUGUACGCAAAAAGUCAUCAGUGGAUAGUACGCGCACAAUUUCUCGCUCCAGUGGGGAGUACACUGAGCAUGUGGUGGAAAAGGCCUCAUGCUUUCAGCAGACAAUGGAGGAAGGGGACACCAGAGUAGAAUACUGUGCAGUAAGUCAUUGCUGCAAUCGAAGUGAAGUGUCAUCUGCUGGAAUCACGUCAAAAAGCAAAAGGUCUUGUGAGGACAGCUGUGAGAGUCACAUUAAAAGUAGAUGUUCUCAUACUGAACCUGAAAUCUCUCCUAUGCCACAUUGUGAGGUCUUUAAGGUCAUGGAAGAGCGUCCAAUUUCUGCAGUCAGCAACUCAUCCAAUGUGCUUGAGUCUUUGAAGGAAGAUCAGGAUGAUGAUUAUGAUGACCUGCCUCCAAGCAUCUCGAGAGCAACAGACUGGUCUCAAAGUGAAAGUGAUGAUCAACCCAAAUGUGCUCAUUGUUGUGGCUGCCAGACUUCACCAAGAUCUUAUUUGUACCCCAGACCUCCAAGUAAAGAAUCAAGCAGUGUUGUUAACUCACUGAAGCUGAAAAAGUAUAAAACCACUUUUGCAGCACCAGUAGAGCCAGACGGGAUGAGUACGACAUCUCCAGUUUCAAAAGUGUCCUCCAGGUCCCAUCCAUGUCACUGUGGAGCCAUAACCCCAAGUUCAGCUGCAUCUGGUCAGCAGCACAGGCCUGAGGGGAGGGCUUGUAGUACAAUUUCUAGACAUAGCCAAGCGUCUUGUAAAUCUAGAGGCCAAGCAAGCAACCAUGGAAUCAAUGCUCUGGAGAUAUGUGACGGUAAUGCUGAAAACAGAUCUUUAAGUCCCACGUCAGGUGUGUCAAGAAGAUCUGGCAAGUCUUCUGUAUGUUCAUGCAAUCCAGAGGGGAACGAUCCAGAGAAAGCUGAUUCCACAUUGUUGAAGUCAAACAAAUCUGCUGCAUCCACUUCAAAUGCUCAUGAAAACUGUGAAGCUGUUAAUAAUACAUUGGAAGUGGAAGCCACACGGGAACACUCUGAGUCUGCCCUGUCUAAAAAUUCAAAUGCCUCUUCUACUUCAAAAAUCUCCAAAAGGUCCAACUGCUCUGCUCAUGAAAUGUGUUCUAUUGGGAAAUCAUUGAAAUAUGAACAUAAUGAAGCAGAAAGAGUUGAAGAAAGAACCAAAAGUGCCACAUCAGCAAUGUCAGCCAGGUCAGACUUUAUUAUUUCAGAGAGAGAGCCCACACCAGCCUUGGUCCUGACAGAAACGGAUGAAGCUGAAGAAAAAAGCAAGAAAGAGCUGUCAGCCCAAUUUCUAUGCAUUCAAAUUUAUCAGCUAUAUCGAGGACAUCCUUCAAAUCAAAAUCUGCACAUUCAGAGAAAGCUAAAAUGCCUAGAUCUUGUAGUCCAAAUGAUUUCAAAGAAGUGCCAUCAAAGUUACUUAAUCCUCAGGGUGAUAAAUCAGCAAGUGCUGCUGCUCAAAAUCAUACCACGUCAAAUAAUCAUUGUGGACAAGACACAGAGUUUCUUCAAGAAGACAAAGAGGUCUCCAUCUCCUAGAUCAAACAAUGACACUAAAAUUAAGAAGACUAAUAGCAGAGCAACUAGUGGGAUGUCAUCUUCAGGCAACCAGUUUGAUGAGCCUCUAAGCCCAACAUCAACAGCAUCUGUUUCUCUUGGACUAGGAGAAGAGCACAAGGGUGAAGACUUUGAUGAACAAUCAAUCAGUGGCAUAUCUGCCACCACAGAGGACGGUGGACAUAAGAUAGAGAAUGUAAAUGGAGUGGAUGCUGAGGAAAGGCCAAUGACAGAAAUGUCUGUGAACUCUGCAAUUUCAGACAGUCCCAGAAAGUCCCAUCACAAGAUUUGCAAGACUCCUGUUCAAGCCCUCUCGCCUGUCUCAGCUGAAAGCAUCAUGUCAGCAGAACUGAAGAAGAGAAACAGUAGGAGCAAACAUGAGGAAGUCAACAACUCAUCAGAUUGCAACAACAAGGAACUGGUGCCGUCAUGCUUACCGAACACUUCCCCUAUAGAAGUUGUGAAUGACUGGCUUAGGAACAUUCCCAUUGAAGGCCAUGUUUAUGAAAUGGAUGUGGAACUCACUGAAUAUAUGACCCUGGCUCAAGGUGUUGAGGAAACUUCUGAAAAGGACAAAGGUGAGGAACCAGAAAGUUAACUUGAGGUAGAGGAACCUUGUGAGGAUCAAGCAGGUGAGAAUCAUAUUCAGCAGGAGACCAAUGACAGUUGCGGUGAAAAAGCACAAUUGGAAACUCAUGAAAUGGAUCCUAACCCUGAAGCUUUAACCAAACAAGACAGUUUACAAAAGCAGUGCCAUUCUUCGGUUCAGGUCAUGAAGGUUUUAUUGGGUCCAAAACUAGACAGAUCCACUAGUUUACCUGAAGUCUCCCCUGUUUAUGGCAGAAGAUUAAGUCAGUCUGCUCAAGGACUGUUGGACUGCCUUGCAAAUUUACGAUUGAUUGACUCAGACUCUAAAAAUGAAAAACAUCGUAAAUAUAAUGAAAUCAUGAUGAUUCUACAGUCUCUCUGGCUCCAAAAGCCCUCUGAGGAUGAACAGAAAAAGCAGAACACAAAGGAACAUCGGUCCGAGGAUGAAUUUAACCCACGGUCUUCAUCUGGGGUUGAUGUAAGCGGCGGUUCCACUGGCUCUGUUAAAGGUAGCAUGAAUGGCUUAGUAGAAAAAAUAGAGACAACUCAAGGCACAAUACCACCAAUUGCCGAACGAGAAGCCUCAGUGCAAGAUAAAGAUGAAGAAGAAAAUGAGAAAAGUACAGCUCCUGCAUUUGAAUGUUUAGAUCCAUCCAAAGUUCUCUCAGAUCCAGUUACUCCAGACAUUGCAGAGCGAGUACAGGGGAGUCCAGUAAAUACACAACUGGAUGAAGACCAAGAAAAUGGCAUAUUACACAAAGAUGACAUUGAAAGUAGUGAGAAUAAGAAUGAUUCAGAUCAAACACCACAAACAACCUCUUAUAAGAGCUCUGGGAAUGAGAGUUACACAAUGAAAUCUCAAGAAAAUACAAGCUCAGGAACUCCACCGUCUGUUCAGAGAGCUCCGCUUACCAAAAGAGUUUCACAAGACCCAGAUCCCAUUUGGGUACUGAGCUUAUUAAAAAAGUUAGAAAAGCAGUUCAUGUUGCAUUAUGCAGAUGCCAUGGCAGAAUUCAAAGUGAGGUGGGUUGAUGACAACGAGAUGCUCGAUACAAUGAUCAGCGAACUGAAAGAGGAAGUACACAAACGGAUUCAGUUAAGUAUUAACCGAGAACUGCAAAAAAUCCAAAGUCGGGCUGGAAGGGGUCCGAGACCUCCGGGAAAUACUCUAUCAAGAGAGUCUACGGCGCAGACUGAACAGCGACGCAAACGUCUUCGGGUCAUGCGCAAUAAGUCCAUCUCCAUGUCAAGGAGUGAUGAAAAUUACACUGCUUCAGGUACGGAAAACAGUGAUCAACGCAGUGAUGAUGAAUACUGCCCUUGUGAUGCAUGCAUGAAAAAGAAAAUGGCGUCCAGAGCAGUCCAGCAAGCUCAGGCUUUGAGUUUGGCUCCAGUUAUGAUGGAAUUUGAUCUGCGGAAAAUUUUACAAAUGAAAAAGGAUCCAGCCAAACCUCUAGAAUCAAAGCCAGAAGAACAACGUACAACCAACUUGACUUGUGGAGUUGAUAAAGAAGAAAAAAACUUAGAAGUAGUUCAUGAAGAGGUAGAAGAUACAAAUAACGAUACUAGAGGCCAUGAUGUUGAGACGGCAGAUCAAGAAGAGCCAGGUGGUGAUCUCAAUGCAGUAGACGAAGGCAAAAAUGCAAACAACAUCAAAGAUGUAUCUUUAGACUCUGAGAUAAGAGAUCCAAAUGAAGAGGAAACAAAUGACAAAAGAGAGUUGGUGAUGUGGAAGGUGGUGAAGAUGAGGAGAAAGAAGGUGAGCAUGUGAAAGAAGUUGUAAAUGGUAAGACAGACACUGAGGGGAAAGAGAAAGUACAGUUUGUUGAGGAAGAAACUGAAAAAGGAGAUACAGAAGAGGAUGAUGAGGAUAAAGUCAGUCUUAAGGGAGAUGCAGCAAAUGCAGAAAACAGUGAUAUGGCUGCAAAGGCAGAAAAAGAGAAUGAGAUGACAGAAACUGGUGAGGAAACCGAAUCAGGUGACAACGGAGCAGAAACUGAGAUUGGGGAAGAGAGUACACAAGACAAGUCUGCAGAAGAUGGUAGUGAAAUAAAGUCAAAUAAAGAGUAUACACCUGAAACUACUGAAGGUGAAAAGUCAGAUGAGACACCAAAUGAAGAGUCUGACAGUGACAAGAAUGCUGAUGGAAACCAAGAUGGAUCUGAAGAGGACGAUGGGACAUCAGACACAGGACAGGACGAGGACCGGCCUGAGGGAAAAGCCAAUGUGCCAAAGGUAAAGAUCGAGGUUGAGGUCAGAGGAGACACAGAAAAUGAAACAGACAAAUGUAGCUCUGUUGAGGAAGAUUUUGAGAACGAUAAAUCUGAUGAAACCAUUGAUGAUGGCUGUGAGAGCACACUACCAAAGCAGGUAACAAGAACAUCAAUGGAAUCUCAACCAGGAUCAGUGGAGAACUGCACAAAUCAGACAGCGCAAGCUAAACUGAAAGAUCUUCAGAGUUUCAUGGAGAGUGUUGAAAGUCAAGGAGACAACAUGGUUGUGAUUACUAAACAACCACCAUACAAAGAGCCACAUAGACCAGGAAACCAAAAGAACAUGUGCAAUGGCUUGACUGAAUGGCAAGUGUCUCCUAAAAUAAGCAACAGGACCAGUAAACAAAAGAAUACAAAGGAUGGACAAUAAUGUUAUGGUAAAAAUUAAAAAAUAUUUCAUUUGAAAAACCCUCAUAUAAAGCACUUUAUUUUUGAUUACUUAUGUUUUUUUUAGGUGGGAAUUUAAUGUUUAGGAUAAUUAAUCUGAAUUAAGUAAUUGAACCUGAAUUAAUCAAAGACAUCUAAACAGCUAAAGAGAACUUUGAAGAGAUUUCAAAACUAUAUAUUGUACAAUUCUGUAUAUUUCCACGUAGUCAAGGUAUUUUAUUGAAACUGUUAAAAAGUUAAAGAGACCAGACUUUUAUUGACUUCUAUUUAAUGUAUGGAAUCAUAUACACAGGCAGUGAAAUACUGCAUAUACAGAGUCUCACAAUAGCAGAAUAAUGUACAUUUUACUGAUAAAUGUUGAAUUCUCAGGGUGCUGAAUGUUAAAAGAAUUAUUAUAUACAUGCAUUGUUCAACCAAACCUCAACCAAGGUUAGCAUUGCAUUACAUGUAGUUAAUAGCUAAAUGGCACAAUUAUAUUUCAAAGUAUAUAACUGCAGAUUUGUAAGAAUGGGCUAUUACCCACAUUUAUAUGAGAGACAUUCAGUUCAGCAGCAGCCAAUGACUGUAUAUUUCGAAAUGACUUAAUUUUUAAGUCAAAAGGUUUUCUUAUGCUGCUAAGUGGUGCUUGAUGCUGUAUUUUACAUCGUAAAACAUCUUGCCAGAUGUGGUACUUAAAGCAUCCUUGACCAAGGUUUGUUGUAUGUUGCUAUUGUAUUGUAACAUUUAAUAAAUGCUCAAUUCUGA